CAGACUAGCGUGGGAACUACUGCUAUCCGUAGGCCGGUGUUCUGCCGCUAAGAUGGCGGCUCCCUUAGUGUUGGUGCUUUUGGUGGCCGUAACAGUUCGGGCCGCUUUAUUCCGCUCCAGCCUGGCUGGACUCAUCUCCGAGAGGGUGGAGGUGGCGUCUCCUUUAAAUGCCUGGAAACGAGUGGUUGAGGGACUAGCCUUACUUGAUUUGGGUGUAUCUCCAUAUUCUGGAGAUGUCUUUCAUGAAACGCCUCUUAUAAUAUACCUCUUUCAUUUCCUGAUUGAUUAUGCUGAACUGGUAUUUAUG